AUUCUAUAUUCGCAAAUCAAGAAAACGCAAAGUCUUUUAUUAUUUAAAAAAAAUUGAGAGACUGAUCGUAUUGGAAUAGUGGUCAUAAUUUAUUUAUUUUUUUAAAUUAUAAAAUGAUAUAUAAGCAAUAAUUUCUUUUAUUGAGAAUUUUUAUGCAUUAAGAAACAAUAGAAGGCUCAACCGUUAGAGUCUUUACCACAAGUGGUAAAGAUCAUUUUAUUCAAUAUUAAAUAUCCUCUCCUGGAAACAAUAAAUAUUUACUUAUAAAUAGAUUUUGUAACCAGUGUGACCAGUGUGAGAACAACUUUUCACCUCACUCUCUCUCCAUUUUUUUUAGUAGAGUAGGACCUUGUUCUCUAACAAAGAUGAAUGUUACCCUAGAAAAUUAUGCAAAAAUUCUCGAAGAUUCGGAUGAAUAUAAUGUAAUUAUAAAAAUUGGUCAAGAACCAAAUUUGAAAGAAUUUAAUGCACAUUCUAUAAUUCUUAGAGCACAAUCUCCAUAUUUUCAUAGAGCUUUAUCUACAGAAUGGAGAAAAGAAGAAAAUGGAAAAAUUUUAUUUGAGAAACCAAACGUAUCACCAAAAAUAUUUGAAUUUAUUUUAAAAUAUCUUUAUAGUGGGGAUAUUAUUUCUCUUAAUAAUUUUAAUUAUUCAGAAUUUACUGAUAUAAUUAUUGCAGCUGAUGAAUUUAUUUUACAUGAUUUAGUUUCAUAUAUUGAACAAAAACUUUUAAUGUCAUAUAAUACUUGGUCAAAAAAAUGUUUUGUUCAAAUUUAUAAAUGUGUAUUAGAACAAGAAUUUUGUAAAGAACUGCAAACUUUUUUUGAAGAAAGAAUAAACGAAAAACCAUCGACAAUUUUGGAAUCAGAAGAUUUUACAUUAUUGGAUGAAGAAAUGAUUAUCAGAUUUUUGAGACUUGAGGAUCAUUGUAUGAAUGAAAUUGAUGUUUGGAAUAACGUAAGAACAUGGGCAAUUGCACAAAAUCCUACAAUCACUUUCGAUGGAAAUCCAAGAACUUGGACUGAAGAAAAUUUUUUGAGUUUAAAAGAAACAUUGAGCCAAUGUAUUAACUUUAUUAAAUUUCCAUCGGUUACGUCGGAAGAAUUUUAUGCUCAUGUAAAACCUUUUAGACAAAUUUUUCCUCCGGAUUUUUACGAAGACCUUUUAUGGAAAUAUAUCAAUAAUGAUGAACCAAAACCGCAUUCUUCAGAUACAACAAAAGUAAAAUCGUAUAGUGAUGUAGCGGCUCAGAACAUUCAGAAUAUUCAAAACAUUUGGAAUACUCCGAAUAUUCGGCAGAACAGUUCGAUACAGAUUGAUUCUGAUAUAAUAGGAAAUAAUCAUGCUGCUUUAAUUUCUAGAUGGAUAAGAAGAACGAUGAAUAAAUCUUGUCUUGGCUUUAAUCUUAUAAUGAAUAGUAGUAUCGAUGGAUUUAGUUCUCAAAUAUUUGGCAGGAAAUGUGAUGAAAUUCGUCCAACACUUGUAAUUUUAACUGUAGAAGGUACUAAUGAAAUUCUCGGUGGAUUUAAUCCACUAAGAUGGGGUUCAAGAGGGGAAUGUUGGAAAGAUACAAGAGAUAGUUUUAUAUUUUCAUUUCCUGAUGGACAGGAUCAUACCAAUCAUAGAUACAGUCGUGUAAAUCCAGUAUGUGAGAAGAAAGCUAUCUAUCGUAGUGGUUCAAAUGGUCCAAAUUUUGGUGGUGGUGAUUUAACUUUGGGAAGACAAACCAGUUUAAAAAGAGAUUGUAUAUGUGUUCAAACCAAUUACUUGGUGCCGAUUAGGGAUGAUUUUGAAUACUUUAGAGCAAGUUCGUAUGAAAUAUUUGAAGUUCUUAUUUAAUAAUUUUUUUUUUUUUCUUUGCGUAAAU